AUGGCGCCUGGGCCGCCCGAGCUGCGCGUGCUGCGGGGCCUCAAAAUGCCGUUUUGGGGCUGCUCGUGCGGCAGGGACAACAAGCUGGGCAUCGCGCAUCGCGUGCUCCUGCGGGAGGAGUACAAUGGCGGGCUGGAGGAGCAGCUGCGGGCGCUCACGAAGCAGAUGGCCAGCCUCGCGCAGCGUCCUUCGUCGACGGCUCCUGGUGGCCCAGCGGCAGGAGGCGGCGGCAGCAUCAGGAAAGGACACGAUGAUGGCGACAAGAACGCGUUCCACCAGAAGGCGGUGCUGCAGGCGAAUAUCAACUACCAUGAGAAGGCCUUCGAGGAGCGCAGCAAG